UGCCGCGGCUGGCUGCCUGGCGUUGGCUGCUCGCAUCGAGCGCCUCCCUUUGAAAUCGACCCCCUCCAUUUUUUUUUUUUAACCAGGUAUGAUGAUGUCAAACGUGAUGCUGAUGCUACAGUUACAGACACGGCCCCUGCUGGCGCAGCCUCUCUGAUUCUCUCUUCCUCUCCGCGUCCAGCGCUGGGCUUUUUCAGACAAGUGCAUCUCCUAACCAGGUCACAUCUCAGCCGCGACCCACUAUCCGACUGUCGCCCGAGUCAGACCACGCAGGAGAAGGGCUGAGGAAGACGACAGCGUUUGCUCCGACUACCGUGGGGUGGGAGAAAAGGCACUAAAAUACUGCCGAAGUCAGGACCCCCCAGGUCGAGCCCAGACCGCGAUGCGUGCCCCGGGCUGCGGGCGCCUGGCGCUGCCGCUGCUGCUGCUCCUCGUGGCGGCGGCCUUGGCUGAGAGCGACGCCAAAGGGAUCAAGGAGGGCGAGACCCCCGGCAAUUUCAUGGAGGACGAGCAAUGGCUGUCGUCCAUCUCUCAGUACAGCGGCAAGAUCAAGGACUGGAAUCGCUUCCGAGACGACGACUACAUCAAGAGCUGGGAGGACAAUCAGCAAGGAGAUGAAGCCCUGGACACCACCAAGGACCCCUGCCAGAAGGUGAAAUGCAGCCGUCACAAAGUGUGCAUCGCCCAGGGUUUCCAGCGGGCCAUGUGUAUCAGCCGCAAGAAGCUGGAGCACAGGAUCAAGCAGCCUGCCCUGAAACUCCAUGCAAGCAAAGAUACCACCUGCAAGCCCUGUCACAUGGCCCAGCUUGCCUCUGUCUGCGGCUCUGACGGCCAUACUUACAGCUCGGUGUGUAAGCUGGAGCAGCAGGCCUGCCUGAGCAGCAAGCAGCUGACGGUGAGGUGUGAGGGCCCCUGCCCUUGCCCCACGGAGCAGGCCGCCACCUCCACCACGGACAGCAAGCCAGAGACCUGCACGGGCCAGGACCUGGCUGACCUGGGGGAUCGGUUGCGGGACUGGUUCCAGCUCCUCCAUGAGAACUCCAAACAGAAUGGCUCAGCCAGCAGUGGAGCCAACCCGGCCAGUGGCCUGGACAAGAGCCUGGGGGCCAGCUGCAAGGACUCCAUCGGCUGGAUGUUCUCCAAGCUGGACACCAGUGCCGACCUCUUCCUGGACCAGAUGGAGCUGGCUGCCAUCAACCUGGACAAGUACGAGGUCUGCAUUCGCCCUUUCUUCAACUCCUGCGACACCUACAAGGAUGGCCGCGUCUCUACCGCUGAGUGGUGCUUCUGCUUCUGGAGGGAAAAGCCCCCCUGCCUGGUGGAGCUGGAACGCAUUCAGAUCCAGGAGGCUGCCAAGAAGAAGCCAGGAGUCUUCAUCCCGAGCUGCGACGAGGACGGCUACUACCGGAAGACGCAGUGCGACCAGAGCAGCGGUGACUGCUGGUGUGUGGACCAGCUGGGCCUGGAGCUGACCGGCACCCGCACGAACGGGAGCCCCGACUGCGAUGACAUCGUGGGCUUCUCAGGAGACUUUGGGAGCGGUGUCGGCUGGGAGGACGAGGAGGAGAAGGAGACAGAGGAAGCGGAGGAAGCGGGUGAAGAGGCUGAGGAGGAGGAGGGCGAGGCAGGCGAGGCAGACGACGGAGGCUACAUCUGGUAGACGGUCCUCGGGGGGGCCGCAGCAGGGGGACAGGCCAGCUGAGACCUGGAGAGAAGCAGGCAGCUUAUGAAUGGAUCCGGAUAAAUCAACUGGAAGGACCCUGGCUUCAGCAGGAAGAGCGGAAGUGUGAGUGUGCAUGGCAUGCCUGUGGCCCGGACGUAAGAAUGCCUGUGUGUGCGUGUGUGUGCGCGCGUGUGUGUAGCAUGCACUGACAAACGUGUCCUUGGUCCACACUGCUCCUGGCAGAGUGAGUCACCCAAAGACCUUUGGCCUCCUUGUAGUUAUUUUCUUUUCAUUUGUUGUUAGUUUUCAAAUACACAUGUUCACAUAUACACAGCCACUGAAAGGUCAAAACUGAUGACAUGAGACGCCUCUCCAGCCAUGUCCCCUAGCUGCAUCCAGGCCCGCCCUGACACCCAUGUCCCGAUUGGCCACCCUCGGCUCAGCCAGCCCUGACUCUUCCCGCCCCUGCCUGCCCUCCUUCCUCCCCAUUCUGAGGUCAAGCUCUGGCCUGCUGGCAUGUCCCCAUCGCAGAGGGGAGGGAGGCCAAGGAGCUGUCUGCUGGCUGGGAGUCUUCCCAAAGCUCGGCCAAUUUGGCUGUGCCAGCCCCUCCCGCCUCAGAUGGGAUGGGCCAGGACACCCACCCCAGCAAGCGCUUUCCCUUUGCGGGACUCCCCAGCACCAGAGAAACUCUCCUGCCCUAAGCCCGUGUGACUGAGGUGGCCAAGGAGGAGCUGGGGGCACAAGCUGAGGAGCAGGGGGAGGGAAGGCCUUGUCACGCUGCCUGGGGCUGAAGCGGGGUGGGGAGCGGAUGGGGCUGACGGGCAGGGAGUGGCCGCCCUUGCAAAGCCGGACAGGACAGCCCUGAAUAAAAGACCCAGAAUAGUCCAGCCUCUUUCUGUGGGUCUCGGGGUGGGGGGCAUUCCCUUGGGGACAGUGGGUGGUUGUUAUGUAAGUUAGCUCUGCCUGGCCAUGUGAGGUGCCACCUCUGCCCCUGUCCCCUUUGCUGGGGUCCCCUGGUCCACUCUGGGAGCCUGAGGAUCAGGCCUUUGCUGGGGUGUAUGUGUGCACCCACCUCCUCCCUGACCCCUUAAUAAACGCUGCCCUCCCACGCAGACCAGUAGAAAGGGUUCUCCCUGAGACCCUGAGAAGGAGGAGCAGAGGAAACCUGCAGCCUCCGCCUGCCGAGACCUUGACCUUUUCCCAUCUUGCCUCCUCAAGGGGGAGGCACUUCGGUGCCAUGAGCCAUUUCCAGCCUCACUCCUCAGCUCCUGGCGUUUGCCCUGUCCCCUCUGAGGGCCCCCUGAGGCUGCUGUAACGGAGGGGCUUCUCCAGGCUCUGAAGUAAGUGUUCUGGAGUUGUGAAAAGUCAGAGGGGAGGGACUGGGACAGCCAGGCCCUGAGGCCGCACCUUGCUGUUCCCCCAAAUCUCUUUACCAGGUGGGAGCUGGGGUCGAUGAGAAGGUGCCCGUGCCUCCCCCACCCCAACUUGUCUAGUUCUCCCUCUUGAAGUAAAUCCCUAACUCCGCUGGUGAAGGACUUCUUACCCAGGCUUGGGCCUCUGACGCCCUUCGGUGCGCGGUGAGGGCGGUGUGAGUGUGUGUGAGAGUGUGUGUCUGUGUGUGUGUGUGCACGUGUGUACAUGCACUCACUUCGCGUGACACUCGGGGCCAUCCGUGGAAGCCCGGGAUGUGAGGAAAGGCACCCUACGUGCUGGGUGGGUGGCAAGGUGUGGCUACUGCCUGGUGAGGUUCCCUGCACAAGGCCCCGGCCUGAGCCUCCCCGGCUUCUGCAGCGUCCGCCGCACCUGUUGGACUUGAUGGAAGAACCUCAGCCAGUCUGUCCCUUCACUCCGCCCUGGAUUCACACCUUCCAAGUCUUCUCUUGGGGAAAAUAAUGACACUCCAGUUAGCCUCAUAAACCGCUUCUCAUUCUGCAGCACAGGUUCUGAUCACUAUGGUGUCAUGCUGUUCCAGAUCCCCCGUGUCCCGUGUGCCCGCUCCCCCCUCCCCUGUCCUCCCACCUCCUCCCUCUGGUCCCCAGCUCAGCUCAGUUCAGGGAAAUGUUCACAUUAGCCCUCUGCUCUCUGAGCAGCCACUUCUCUCACUCGGAGCUACUUGAAACUUCCUGCGCUCUCUAGGAUUGAAGCCUGUCUGUCUCUUCCUCUGCCCCAGUCAGGCUUCGGGGAUGUCCUCCUGGGGGCAGUGGUUGAGGACGCAGAGGCACUCUGGGGCGGGAGGGCCGGGGGGGGACGGGCGCCUUUCCCCCUCACUGUCACCCUCCUCUCCAGCGGGGCGGGUAUACUCCCUCUGUGUCUCUGGGUCUUCUGGUUGUGCACGUUUUUAUGACCUUGUAAAUACGUUGUAGAAAGAAAGCGAAAGGCGCUGAACUGGACCCUGGUGGACUCAAGAGCCCAGCCUUGCCCUGUCCCCAGAGCCCCCACACUGCUAUUUAUCCCGCUCUCGAAACCGAGCCCCCCAAAGCUAGAUGAAGCAGCUCGUUCCCAGUGGGCUAAAGGCCCCCAAGCGACUCUCCUCAGGCACGCUGCAGGUUUCCUCGUGAGCAGGGUUACCGCGGGGUCGUUCCUCGGCUCCUGGGAUUCAUGCCCUUGACAAGCUGCCCACCGCCUGGCCCCUCCCAUGCCCCUCUACUUGGAUGUCCUCUGUCCACCCUGUCCCCAUUCCCCCGGUGUAUGCAGGCAGUGGAAAAGAGCUCAACCAAAAUUUUCAAAGAAGAGUUGCUUGCGGGCCCUGGGGCUGCCUGAGACCUCCUCUCCCGCGGGUGCUGGGAGAGACGGUCCGUCUCAGAUGGGGUGGUUUGGAGUUGGAGAGAACAGAUGUGCCUUGAGAGACCACUUACGGAGCGUCCAAGGGUGAGGAGGGAGGAGGCAUGGCGUGGAGCUCAGGAAGGAGGAGGGGGAGGUGACGUUGAUGAGAAUGUGACGGGUUAUCACAACGGCCCCUGUUGUCCCAAUGGGGCUGUGACCUUCUGGGGUCAGUGGUCACCCUUCUUUCCUCAUGCCAGCCUGUCUAGUUUUAGUGGGCAGGCCACUCACUCAGCCUUUCAUGAGCUGCAUCUUCUUCCCAUUCACCUCUGAGUGGGUGGGUCCAUUGGGAUCAACAUACGAACCUCCAUUUCACCAAAGCCUCCCCCUCAGCCACUGGGGAGAAAGAAUGGCGAAUCCGCUGACACCUGGCAUCAUCGUGAGGCUGUGGGUGGCAGGGGUAAAAGGGAAGAGCCGCUAGGGGUGCAAGAGGGGACUCAAGACAUCCCAAGGAAGUCCCAAGCAGAGCAAACUGCUUUAUAGCCUGAAGCUACUUAAAUUAAACUGUGUCAUGUGCAAUAACUGAGCUUAGAGUUAAGAAUUGUGUUCAAGUGCUUGGAUUUCCGUCUGUAUAUUUAAGUGCUGAAAUUGUAUCUCUCAGUAAUUUUAGAUGUCUUUUUAAAAAAAAUCAAAAAACAAAGUGUUAGACCGUGUGUGUGCAUUGAUGGGCACUCAAGCGUCCCGUGGAUCACCCCCCCCCUCCCUUCCCCGGGGCCCCCACCCCUCACACCCGAGCCCCCGCCUCCACUUGGGGCCCCUGCCUCGUGUUGUCUUUAUCUGCCUAUUACUCAGCCUAAGGAAACCAGUACACUCCACACAUGCAUAAAGGAAAUCAAAUGUUAUUUUUAAGAAAA